AUUAUCCUUGUGAGAGAGUCUAUUUAUACCGCAAAUGCACGGUAAAUCUAUUUCUAGCAUUAAUUCAUGACUGAAAUGUGCCAAGCUGCGCCUUGGCAUGAGUCUAGGUCCCGAAUCCGUACUAACCCUUGGCACGAACUUCUUCAAAACCAUCUUCGCCCGUGUACAAGAGUACGCACGAGAAACCGUGGAGCACUUAAUUUUGGCAGUAUCUGUGUACAUUCUAGUAUGCAUUUUUCUAUACUUUUCGAUAUCUCGAUGGAAGAUCAUCGGGUUCAAAAAGGACGUCAAAAAUCCCGCCCGAGUACUUAUAGUGAUCGCACAUCCUGAUGAUGAGUGCAUGUUCUUUGGACCGACGGUGCUGAACUUCACCAAACAAAAGGAGUGUCAAGUUUAUCUGAUGUGCUUGUCGACAGGUAAUAACUAUGGAAUGGGGCGAACGCGCAAGAAGGAACUGUACAAAGCGUGUCAGGUUUUGGGAAUUGAUGAAGGUAGCAUUGUUGUAUAUAAUCACUCAAAUAUGCCAGAUCAAAUGGGAGUCAUGUGGCCUAUUGAACUAGUCUCUAAGUUAAUACUGAACCAAAUUGAGACGUAUAGUAUUAACACGUUAAUUACUUUUGACAAACACGGGGUCAGUAACCACAUGAACCAUUGUAGCAUUUAUUAUGCCAUUGCCCAUCUUAGUUUAGAGAAAAAGUUGCCCAGUUACUGUUCAGUUUAUGUACUUGAGACAGUUAAUCUGUUACGGAAGUACUGGUUGCUUCUGGAUAUUCCCGUUUCGUUUCUUUUGUCAAGGAUAAGGUAUCUAGUCACAUCCACUGAUCGUGCCCUUUUACACAGAGCUAUGAGGCAGCAUGAGUCCCAGUUAGUUUGGUUUAGGCGUCUGUAUAUGCUUUUCUCGAGGUAUAUGUUGAUUAAUUCACUCCAGUUGAUGGAAUUAUCCGACAUAGAGUUAGACUUAGAAAUAGAUGACUAAAUUAAAAUGACAAUUUUUGAUACACUUUGUAAAUACAAACUACCUCUCA